CAGCUGUCUUGUUUUUGACUUCUUUUUCUCGCAUCCGGUACACGCAUUGUUGCUGAUCGACGACCAGACUCUGCAGAAUGGCUCCAAGGAAGGCUAAAGUUCAAAAGGAGGAGGUGCAGGUCCAUCUGGGACCCCAAGUUCGCGACGGCGAGGUCGUGUUCGGAGUGGCUCACAUCUACGCCAGCUUCAACGACACCUUCGUCCAUGUCACUGAUCUGUCCGGACGUGAGACCAUCGCCCGUGUCACCGGAGGCAUGAAGGUGAAGGCCGAUCGUGAUGAGGCUUCUCCCUACGCCGCUAUGUUGGCCGCUCAGGACGUGGCUGAGAAGUGCAAGACGCUGGGCAUCACUGCCCUGCACAUCAAGCUGCGCGCUACCGGCGGCAACAAGACCAAGACCCCCGGACCUGGCGCCCAGUCCGCUUUGCGUGCCUUGGCCCGUUCGUCCAUGAAGAUUGGCCGCAUCGAGGAUGUGACCCCCAUCCCAUCGGACUCCACCCGCAGGAAGGGCGGUCGCCGGGGUCGCCGUCUGUAGAUAUGGAUCGUGCUACCCGCUUUUGACGUUGCUUUAUAUUUUUAUACCAUUAAAUACGUGCAUAAAUGCAGUGGCAAGGGCA